CCUCACUCAUUUUUUUUUAUCUGUGGUAAAAAAAGUACCAAAAUUUCCAAAAGCAGCAAGACAACGUGAUGCAAGAAUUUUGAUCAAAUUAUAGAAAAUUAUAAAUAAAUUGAAAAGAACGUCAUUGUCAGCACCUGCACCGUAUUUUUAUUGCGACGCUAAUAUUAUUUUUCCAACGGCAUGAUGGUGGAAGGCUCAGCAUUUACUCGGAACGAUGUGUUCCAAAUGGCAAUACGUGUUGCAUUUGUAUCUGCAGUUACAUAUUUCUCGAUAAAGUGGCUAGUGAAUCAAAUUGACCCAACUUCGAAGAGUCGGAAGAAGGCUGAAGAAAGAGCUAGGGAACAGUUACGCAAGGUAUCUUGCAGAGCCGGCCUCAGUGGGAACCAGGCAUUGGCGUUGGACAAACUCACAGACCAUGAGAUGAUUAUCGCCUCACAGCUCGUUGUGCCAGAUGAGAUUAAUGUUAGCUGGAAAGACAUAGCUGGGCUGGACAACCUGAUCCAGGAGCUGCGUGAAACAGUGAUCUUACCGAUACAGAAGCGAGACCUGUUCGCCGAUAGCAGACUAACGCAGCCACCCAAGGGCGUGUUGCUGCAUGGACCUCCAGGGUGCGGCAAAACGCUCAUAGCUAAGGCGACCGCCAAGGAAGCCAACAUGAGCUUCAUAAAUCUGGACGUGUCUCUGCUCACCGACAAGUGGUAUGGUGAAACCCAGAAACUGGCAGCUGCUGUGUUCAGUCUGGCUGUCAAACUGCAGCCUUGCAUCGUGUUCAUAGAUGAAAUCGAAUCGUUUCUGCGCACGCGCACGGCGCACGAUCAUGAAGCAACGGCGAUGAUGAAGACACAGUUCAUGUCAUUAUGGGACGGACUCAUCACCGACCCCUCCUGCACCGUCAUCAUUAUGGGUGCGACGAAUCGCCCCCAAGACUUGGACAAGGCGAUCCAACGCCGUAUGCCGGCUACCUUCCACGUGCCCAUGCCCAGCGAGACCCAACGCGACCGCAUAUUGAGGCUGAUACUGCACGCGGAGCCCACGGCGCAAGACAUCGACUACAAGCGGCUGGCUAGUUGUACGGAAGGAUUCUCGGGCUCAGAUCUGCACGAACUAUGUCGCCAGGCAGCCGUUUAUCGCGUAAGAGAUCUAGCGCGACAGGAGAUGAAGCAAGACGAACAGAACAAAGCUUCACAAAAGUCGAACCAUUCGGAUUCGGAAGACGAAUACGUCGACGCCGUACGACCGAUCACUAUGGAUGAUCUCAGGAUGUCCCUCAGCAAGCUCAAAGAGUCGAAAAUCCAAUGCGGCGCUCUCCCACCCAGUAUGCGAUUAGACCUAGAUUAGACGCUUCGAUACAAGCGAACAUGGACUUUACGUGACUGCACUCGCAUCGUGACAUCGGUUGUGAGUAGAAUCUUCAUUGAUGAACUCAUAAUUUAGUAUUGUUCUAUCAUUAGUAACGUUACGAUGCUCUUAACGCCAUGAAAUAGAGUGCAUUUUUCUCAAUUCACUAGCGUUCAUGACGAGAAAAUUAUAGGAAAUGGCAGCUUUAUUAUUUUUUAUUAAAUUGUUUUAUACAACUUUGAUGUAGCACAAUACAUAAUAAUAUCUUUUUUUUUGUCUGCGUGUAAUAGUAACAUUUAACUUGUGGUAUAAAGUACUAGCUACCAGAUUUUAGGCUACCAUAAUCGAUAUUGUACUUUAUAUCAUGCGCUUUACGGUUUAAAUUACGAGCAAACGCGAGACUUGAUGUCGCCAUAAUAAUAUCUGAGGUUCCGAAUUCGGCUCCCGGUCGUUUUAAAAUUGAAAAGUGUCUGUUUUCUCGAAUUCUGGUGGUUUAGCUACUUCAGCUAUUAGUUGUUACUAUAUUUAUAUGAAAUAAUAAAAUAGUCGAAGUGAUAAAAGUUACAGAGAAGCUGAUAUUUUGUAGAUUGUUCUUGAAAAAUUGAAAAUACUUAUUUACAGAGGACAAAAUUAUAACCUCUUAAAAAAAAUCAUCCAACCCAUUUCAUGUCUUAUACUUUAUUAUUUAUCUCUGUUUUCUGAAUGUCAUUCAUCAUAGGAAAACUGUUUAGCAUUCUCAUCUAUUCAAGUGUUAAAACUUAGAAAAGUAAACAAACGCAGUUGCUACUAGUGUUAAAGAAAAAUUUAAAAUAUUACACUGUUAAAUAACUUUUUUUGCAAAUGGGUGAAAUAAACCAUUUAUUACGGAAAAAUCAAGUAUAUUCGGGUACAUAUUUUUUAUAGAAAUUGAUUUGCUAUCAGAUAAAAAACAACAUUAGUACUACUAUGGUGUAAUUAUAUUUGAGAAAAUUAUAUAUUUAUAUUAUUAUUAUAAAGAGGAAAGAUUUGACUGUUUGUUUGUUUGUAUUGAAAAGGCUCCGAAACUUCUGGCCCGAUAUGAAAAAUUCUUAUUGUAUACUCCCAAAUGGAACAUUUUACCCGUUUUUGCAACAUUUUACAUCGAUACUCCGCUCCUACUGGUCGCAGCGUAAUAUUAUCUAGCCUUAAGCCUUCCUCAAUAAAUGCACUAUCUAACACAAAAAGUUUUUUUCAAAUCGGACCAUUAGUUCGUGAGAAUUGCGCGUUCAUCCAAAAAAAUGGUGCAUCCGGUACAACGGGUCCUAAACUACGCAACAAAAUUUCACCAUCAGUUAAAUAUUUUUUCAUGGAAGGUUUAUAAUUAUAUAAAGAAAUUCAUUGUGUAUAAUACAAGCCUGAGAACAAUAACUAUAGUCUACACUACAGCUCUACACCGAAGCGAAGCGAGGGCGGGCC